GACCGGCUGCACUUCCCCUGUUUACUUCCUCUAAACAGAAUCACACCCGACCGUCCUCCGUCAGUCAGUGUGAGCGCUGGACGCAGGAGACACGCAAUGAAGAGACGGGAGUCCCUUUAAGCUUCAGACUCAGAGAUCACGCAAAACAAGCAGAACCAUUCAAGCUUCAAAAUGGAUUACAAAUAUAAUAAUGGCAUUGAACUACUUUUGGCUCACAUGAAUAUUGAAGACAUCAUCAACGCUGCAGAGACUCUGUAUCAGCUUGAAGAAGUGGAGGAGGAGGAGGAAGGAGGAUUAUCAUUUGAAGAGGAAGGUCUCUCCCAGGAGGAGAUGGAUGAGAACGAGGAGACGGGGGACUCUGAGGGGAGCCAGCAGAAGGACUAUGAUGACAGGGACGGUGGUGUUCGGUACGGGACGGUGACAGACCUCCUGUCCUUUGUUAACCUGAUCUCCAACAUGCAGGCAUCAGCCCUGCAGCACCUGCCUGAGGAGAUGGGAGUCCUGCUGAACAAGAAGUACAUGGCUGUUAAAAAAGGCCGCUACCAGAUCAACAUGGACGUGCUACUGUUUCCAUGGAAAUUGACCUACAAGAAUCCUGGCCCUGGCCUCGUGCCCAAGGGCUCAUUUGGGAAAGUCCACUUGGCUCAGGACACCACCACGAGGAAGAGAAUGGCUUGCAAACUGAUCCCCAUGGAGAACUUUAAAGCAGCUGACGUGGAAUUUCAGGCCCGGUUUCGCCAUGAGAACAUCGCUGAGCUCUACGGCGCUCUGCUCUGCGACCAGAGCAUCCACCUGUUCAUGGAGGCCGGAGAGGGUGGCUCCGUUCUGGAGAAGCUUGACAGCUGUGGGCCCAUGAGAGAGUUUGAGAUCAUCUGGGUGACCAAGCAGGUCCUGCGGGGCCUGGAAUACCUGCACUCACACAACGUGAUCCACCAUGACAUCAAACCCAGCAACAUUGUCCUGAUGUCAGAUAAAGCAGUGCUGGUGGACUUUGGUCUCACAGUGCAGAUGACAGAGGACAUAUACAUUCCCAGAGACCUGAGAGGAACAGAGAUGUACAUGAGUCCAGAGGUGGUCCUGUGUCGAGGACAUAACACCAAGACGGACAUCUACAGCCUGGGCACCACCAUCAUUCACAUGCAGACUGGUAGCCCUCCAUGGGUCCGGAGAUACCCACGCACUGCCUACCCAUCUUACCUCUACAUUAUCCACAAGCAGGCCCCCCCUCUGGAGGACAUAGAGGAGGAUUGCAGCCUAGCCAUGCGCUCCUUCCUGGAGCGAGCCCUGGAGAGAAACCCUGCUCUCCGGAGCUCUGCAUCCGAGCUGCUGAAGGACGAGGCCAUCAAUCCGCCUAGGGAGGAUCAGCCGCGCUGCUGGAGCCUUGACUCAGCCCUGGAGGAGGUUACCCACACCAUGCUACGGCAGCAGAGCCAGCACCAUGACACCACACAGGAAUCUUCUCUGUACUCUGAGGACUCUGGCCACAUGAGGAGGAAGGGCUCCUUGUACAUUGACCUGGGGGCCUUGUCAGGUUACUGUAAACUAGUGACAGGCCCUCCUACUUCAGAAUAUGGCUAGCACCAAACCACAGCUCACCAUUUCAUGUGGCUGAACUUUAGUUGCCAACUCAUAAUUUACUUGUUAGGCUUCAAACAGGUGGACAGUUGUAGGCGGCAUUGGUGAACUGUUUACAAGAAUCAAGAUGUAAUGAGUGGAAUUAGUUCAGGCUUGAUGCUGAAAUGAACUGAUGUGACUCAGCAACACUGCAGGACAGUGGCUGGUAGAGAUGCAUUGUAUAUCAAUGAGCAUUAACUGUUAGGGUUUGGUAUAAUUUUCCAGAGCCCCCUAUGGGAUUCUUGUACAUGCUAUAAUCCAGUGUGGUAAUCAAUACAGUAAUCAAAUGUAUGCCGUUUUUCUUUCUCAUGAAAUGAUGUGUAAUAGUCAAACGAAAUUAUUUUAUCACUAAAUAUAAGUAAGCUAUCUGUAAAUGUAUGUGUGCACCAUGCAAACAUGUAUGAUAUGUAGUUCUUUAUGAACUUCCUCUUGUUAAUUCCUGUGGAAUGUAAAUAGCACCAUAAUGCUAUGUAGAUGACGCUUCUGUUGAAUGCAUGUGAUAUCUGAUUUGUGUUUUUUGUACAUCCUGUGAGAUGAGGCCUCAUGUGCUUUUUACUGAAUUUGUUACUUCUGUUUUCUUUAGUAUUGAGCAGAGAAACUACCCAAAGUUUCAAAUGUAAUAAAAAAAAUUGCAAUAAAAUGAAAAACCCA